UUUCCAGACCACACCCUCACCUGUGUGCUCUGCUUGCUCUGCACCUUGUUUCUCCUCGAAUCGGCUGACUGGAGUGACAAAAUCUGUGAUAAAAGUGAAGAGGGGAAAAAGUGGAUAAUGGUUGGGUGGCAAAAACAUGACUUGGUUGUACUUCCUGGCAUCAUGAUUCUGUGAAUCGAGGGAAAAAAAUGCUAGACACCGGAGACGCAGCAGACGCUGGACACAAAAACAGCAAAUCUGAGAAGGACCAGAGCUGGAUCCCCAAAAUUUUCAAGAAAAGAAUUUGUUCCACCUUUGUUGAAGAUUCUUUCAGUAAUGGCGCUCUGUGUCAGUGUGGGGGAACAAGGGAUACCCAUGCCUCUGUGGCUCUCGGAGACUAUUUCAGCACUGCCAUUGUCAACCACUGGGAUAGUGCCCAACACUCCUCUGAAUGCCCAACGGAUGCCUUUGGAGAGUUGCAGUUUGCUGGAUCCAGCAAGAGACACAGCUAUUUCUUGCGCCUGUCAUGGGACACACCCCCGUCUAUGGUCUACACAUUAAUGACAGCCCACUGGGGUCUGCCUGCACCUAACCUGGUGGUCUCCGUAGUUGGUGGAGAAGGCAGGACGAAGGUGAAAACAUGGGUGCGUGAGGUUCUCAGGCAGGGACUGGUAAAAGCCUCACAAAGCACAGGAGCCUGGAUCCUAACAGCGGGUCUCCGAGAAGGGGUCGGGCGCUGCGUUGGAGAGGCGGUGAGGGAUCAUGCAACUGCAGCUUCCUCCGUCUCCCUCAACAAGGUGGUGGCUCUGGGGGUCGCUCCCUGGGGGCUCGUCCACAAUCGGCAGCAGCUGGUCAAUGCACAGGGCAGUUUUCCUGCCAAGUAUUAUGUCCAUAACACAACUCGGGAUUCAUGCUGCCUGGACAACAACUACCAGGCCUUCCUGCUGGUGGAUGAUGGGAGUGUGGGACGCAGAGGUGGAGAGACGGGCUUCAGGGCCAAAAUGGAGGACUACAUCUCCCACCAGCGUACCGGCAUUUGGGGCAGUGGAAGCAUCGAUAUCCCCGUUUUAUGCAUGCUGGUUUCAGGUGAUGCCAGCCUGCUGGAGAGAGUAGAUCUGUCCCUGAAGAACUCUAUGCCCUGGUUGGUGCUGGCAGGCUCAGGAGGCAUGUCUGACUUCCUGAGUGAUGUCUUUGAAAACCUGUCAUCGACUCCGGUCGUCCAGACCUCCGGUGAGGGGGACUCUGAGGCCGGUCCCAGCGUGGACCUGAAGGACAGAGUUGCGGAACGGGUUCGGAAAUACUUUCCCUCUGAAGUAGAGACAGACAAACUUGUUGAGCGGGCUCUGAGCAUCUACAACAACAAAGACCUGAUCACCAUCUACCAUGGAGAGCAGGAAGGCCCCAAUGAUUUUGACACAGUCCUGCUCAAAGCUCUAGUGGGAGCAACUAAGCAGCGCGCCUCCGUGGACCACAGCCCGUACAAUGAAGAGCUGAAGCUCGCAGUCACAUGGAACAGGGUGGACAUCGCCAAAAGUGAACUCUUCAAUGGAGACAUCCAGUGGAGGUAUGACGACUUGGAGGACUCCAUGACAGAUGCCCUGAUCAACGACAAGCCUCAAUUUGUGCGCCUCUUCACCGAGAAUGGCCUCAACAUCCUGGACUACCUGACCUACGGAAGGCUGGAAAGCCUCUACAGAUCAGUGGCUGAUGGGACGCUUCUCUACCAGCUCCUCCAGCGCCGCCUGGUGGAGAGACUCGGUACACCGCACUCACAGGAUUCUCCUCACAAAGUCGCAGCUGAGAGCAUCCACAGUGGACCAGCGACUGAGCUUAGCCUUUUUGAGGUCUCAAGAGUGCUUGAGCUGUUAAUGGGGGAUAUCUGCCAGCCUUUCUACUAUGAUGCCUUGGACUUGGAGCAGAUCUUAUCCAAGAGGAGGGCAAUGCGGCGUGCCAGUAAGCUGUUGCGUGGAGACUGCUUAUAUCGGGAGAGGCGCUGCCUCUUUCCCUGGGCUUCACUCUUCAUCUGGGCCAUCCUCCAGAACCGCAGUGAGAUGGCCACCUUCUUCUGGGAGAUGGCAGGGGAGUCUGUUUUGAGUGCUCUGAGUGGGUGCAAGAUGCUAAGGGAACUUUCCAAACUAGAAGUUGAAACUGAAACCAAACUCUCCAUGAAAGAGUUGGCCCAGAAAUUUGAGAACCUGGCACAUGAUGUCUUCAGCUCUUGUUACCGCAGCAAUGAGAGUCGUUCCUUUACCCUUUUGAUCCGCAAAUCCCCAGUCUGGGGCGGCACCACCUGCCUCCAGAUGGGAAUGGGUGCAGACGCUCGGCUUUUCUUCAGCCACGAUGGAGUGCAGUCUCUGUUGUCCCAGAUCUGGUGGGGCGACAUGAAGAGGAACACAGAGGUGUGGAAACUCAUGCUCACCUUUUUCUGCCCCAUUCUCUGCUACACCAACUUGAUCUCCUUCAGGAAACAAGAGGACCACCAGAAGGGGGACGACGGGAAGCCGAGCGAGGACGGUGUAGGUCGGGACAAUGACAGCCUCUACGGCACCACCAUCUUCUCAUUCUCCGACAUUAAACACAUUGAAGCAGAUGCACAAGGAGGAUACACUCCCAGGACGGCGACCAUCAAAGGCAUACCUCACACACCGAGACCUCCCGAGCGGCCGUUCAUUGUGUCAAGAUGGCGUCAGUUCUGGUUUGCGCCCGUCACGUCCUUUUUGGGCAACGUCCUCAUGUACUUCCUCUUCCUACUGCUCUUUGCUUACGUGCUGCUGGUGGAUUUCAAGCCACCGCCUCCUGCCGGUCCUGCCAUAACGGAGCUAGUGCUGUACUUCUGGGUGUUCACCAUCGUGUGCGAGGAGAUCCGGGAGACCUUCUUCUUAGGCACGAUGACUUUGCGGCAGAGGGUCAGGGUGUACAUUCAAGAUGUGUGGAACAAGUGUGACCUCACCGCCAUCAUCCUCUUCAUCAUUGGACUUGUGUGCAGGAUGUUCAACUGGUCCUAUGAAUUUGGCCGGGAUGCUCUGUGUGUGGACUACAUGGUCUUCACCCUUCGACUCAUUCACAUCUUUGCCAUUCAUAAACAGCUGGGACCAAAAAUCAUCAUCGUUGGAAAGAUGAUGAAGGAUGUCUUCUUCUUCCUCUUCUUCCUGGGGGUGUGGCUAAUGGCAUACGGAGUGGCCAAUCAGGCUUUGAUAUACUCCUACGACCCACAACUCGAUCGCAUCUUCCGCCGGGUUUUCUACAGGCCGUACUUGCACAUUUUUGGACAGAUUCCCGUCGAGGAAAUGGAUGUGGGAAAGGACUGGGAUGUUCCAUGCACCAGCAAUGUGACACUGAUUGAAGAAGGUGCAGAGCCGUGUCGGGUUAUGUACAGUAACUGGCUGGUGGUAAUCCUGCUGGUUAUAUACCUGCUGGUCACCAACAUCCUGCUCAUCAACCUUCUCAUCGCCAUGUUUAGCUACACCUUCUCCGAGGUGCAGGCCAACAGCGACAUAUACUGGAAGUUCCAGCGAUACAACCUCAUUGUUCAGUAUCACUCCCGUCCUUCGCUAGCACCGCCCUUCAUCAUCCUCUCUCACAUCAACCUCUUUAUCAAGAGGAACAUCCGCAAGGUGCCCUCAGUGAAGAUCCACCACUUUGUUUUACAGUUAAAAGGCAAGGCAGCCAAUCGGCUCAUGACGUGGGAAACCAUUCAGAAGGAGGACUUCCUCACAGCUCAGAGCAAGAUCCAGAAGAGCAGCGACUCCGAGAGGCUGAAGCGCAUGUCUGCCAAAGUUGAUGGGGUGAUGAAACACUUGACUGAAAGCAGAGACUUUGACCACAGGCUGAGGACUCUGGAGACUGAGAUGGAAUAUUGCGCCAACGCUCUGAGCUGGAUUGUGGAUACUUUGGCACAAGGUAGCUCCUUCAAACCUCCUCGGCCGCCCCCCAUUUUGAAAGAUGCGUUCCCAUCUCCUUGUUCUAGCUCUUGAUGCUGCAACCUUUGGUGAGGGCUAAAAGUCUUCAGUUUUAUAACCUCAGCUGUUGCCAUGCCAACCGCUUGCCAUAUUAUGACUGGAUUCCAAAGUAGCUGUUACAUUGUUACAGUGUUGAGUACAUCUAGAUGCUUUUUAAAGGUCCUUUUUCAUGUUGUAUUUAUAUUUUUCCACUGCAUAUCGUCUAUAUUUAACACUUAAAAUGUGGUUUGACACAAGGGGUGGGGGCUAAAUGUAUGCAUGAUCACUGGAGUUGUUUGUUUUAAUGCAAAAUAUUUUUGAUGGAUGCACACUUUUGCAACUCUAAAGUGCAAAUAUUUGUUUUAAUAAAAUAUGUACAAUUUAUAGCUGUCUCAUUUAAUGCAAGGUGGACAUUUUAGUAGACAGAAGGUAUACCUAAUGUUACGGCCGAUCCGUGUUGUUGGAUGUAGUGUCGCGUGACAGGGUGUGAAGGUGCUUCCCAGGCAUGUGGGCAGGUUAGUCACGGCUCUUGUGAAGGUCGUAGCACCAGAGCGUUCCUCUUGAAGGAGUCUUUACCGUAAAUAGACAACCGGGCCACCUGUCAGCCGCACCAUCGCAAAUGUUAACUGUUGGAGCGUUGUCC